CACAACAACACAGGAAGAGCGUGCGCAGAGCAAAUGCUCCUUCAAAGCGGCUACCAUUCUUGUGGAUGUGGCGUAAAAACGAUGACUACUGGAGGACUUCUGUGCAGUCUUUAAAAUGGGAUAGAAACAGCAGCUCACUGGCUUUGGUUCGCUUUACUUUGACACCAUGGUGUUGCUGCCAUGCUCUGUCAGCUCUGCGCUAUCAAAUGCGUACAUUUUAGCUUUCCUAGUUUUCUUACUAGUGUAUAUUUUAGUUCGCUUUUACCAGAAACAACCAAAACACUCAAAUAUUCCUCCAGGACCGAAGCCCUGGCCGAUUGUGGGGAACUUCGGCGGCUUUCUCAUCCCGCCUUUCAUCCAGAGGAUGUUUGGACAGAAGUCAAACAGCACCAACAAAAGCGCCGUGUCUGUUUUAACAGAACUAACCAGGCUUUACGGUAACAUCUACAGCCUGUUUGUAGGGAGUCAGCUGGUCGUUGUGCUAAAUGGUUAUGAAGUUAUAAGGGAUGCUUUUUCAAACCAUCCGGAGGUGUUCUCAGACAGACCUGAUAUCCCUGCUAUCACCAUCAUGACUAAACGUAAAGGAAUAGUCUUUGCACCUUAUGGACCAGUGUGGAGAAAGCAGCGCAAAUUCUGCCACACCACCCUCCGUAGCUUCGGUCUAGGGAAGUUAAGCUUGGAGCCUUGCAUCCUGCAGGGCCUGGACACCAUAAAAACAGAGCUGCUGCGUCAGAGCCAGGAGUCUGCUGGUGCUGGUGUUGACCUGGCCCCGCUCAUCAGCCAUGCUGUGUCAAACGUCAUCUGCUCGUUGAUCCUGGGUCAGCGUUUUCAUCAUGAAGACAGAGAGUUUCGCAGCAUGCUGGAACUGAUGGAUCGAGGGCUGGAGAUCUGCAUCAACAGCCCUGCAGUCCUAAUUAAUGUCUUUCCACUUUUGUACUAUUUGCCUUUUGGGGUCUUUAAAGAGCUACGGCAGGUGGAAGGAGACAUGACAGCAUUUCUGAAAAGGUUUAUAGCGAGACACAAGGAGACGUUAGAUCCUGAAAACCCAAGAGAUAUGACGGACAUGUACCUGAUUGAGAUGAUGGCUCAGCAGUCUGCUGGAAAUGUGGACAGCAGCUUCACUGAAGAUUACCUCUUUUAUAUAAUUGGAGAUCUAUUCAUUGCUGGCACUGACACCACAGCUAACUCAAUUUUGUGGGUUUUACUCUACUUGGUCUUAAACCCAGAUAUCCAAGAAAGAGUCCAGGCUGAGAUCGAUGAGGUGGUGGGCACACAUCGGGUCCCAUCUUUGACAGAUAAAGGGAGUCUGCCCUUUACUGAAGCCACCAUCAUGGAGGUGCAGAGACUGACUGUAGUGGUUCCUCUAGCGAUUCCUCACAUGGCAUCACAGACAACAGAGUUCAGAGGAUACACUAUUCCCAAAGGAACUGUUGUUGUGCCCAACCUGUGGUCUGUCCACAGAGAUCCCACUGUGUGGGAUGACCCGGACACUUUCAACCCGGCCCGCUUCUUAGAUGAUGAAGGACAUUUGCUGAGAAGAGAGUAUUUUAUACCAUUCGGGAUUGGACGCAGAGUGUGUAUGGGUGAACAGCUGGCAAAAAUGGAGCUGUUCCUGACAGUUACCACCUUACUGCAGUCCUUCAAGUUCAGACUUGCAGAGGGAACGCCUCCUCCUACACUGCAGGGCCGAUUUGGCCUGACACUCGCACCUUGCUCUUACCCUGUGUGUGUGAGCUCACGUAGAUGAUGAUAGAUUUUCUGUGAACUGUGUUAUAAUGCCUAGGAAGAUUUAUAUAUGGUGAAAACAUGUUAGUAGAGAUAACUUGAAGAGCUACUUUAAAUUGUGGAAAAUAAUGUAAUAUUAUUAUAGCUUUACAUUACAUUCAUUAUCAGUUAAUGCAUGGAUAUUGAGGUUUUCAUUAAGUCCACAGUAUAAUCAAAAAUAAUCAACAUUCACAUCAGAUAUCACCACAUUUUAAAUUGUUGUCUCACAGAAGGUAAGAUAAGAUACAUGGUACAGAGUAUAUAUUGACAAUAAAAACUCUGUUGAUGUGCCUAUCAACCAUUUAAAAAGUUCAGUCAGUAUUUUUCGCAAAGAGGGAUUCAAGAAAUGUAAUGAAAUACUUUUAACUUUAAAAUAUAUAUCUUUAAAUAUAUCAACUAUCAGGAAUUAUGGAGAGAUAUAUUUUUAAGUUAUUACAGAGAUGUAAUGAAAUACAUUUGUUUUUGGACUCUAUUUCUGAAAUAACAGAGGUUUGUCAAUAAAAGAAUUAUCU